GAGUAAGCGGUCCAGUUCUAUGCAUUAUCAAGGCUUGUUCAUCUUACCUCGGAAUAGUGGUAUUGUGAACUAAGUGAACCAGCCAAAGGAUUUUUAGGUUAGGGUAAGUGUCAAAAUCAAAAAACGAAAACAAAUAUAAAUUUUUGAAACUUAUCCAUUUCAUCACAAAAAGGUAGUACAUUUUUGGCGGGUCAUCAUUAUGUUCCUAAGGAGUAUUUGCCGUAAACCUGUUGCAGGCAGUUUUAUUAGAAAUAAAAGUCAGUCUUCUGCAGAGUAUUGUAUGGAAUCUGUGAAGCAAUAUGAUUAUGAAAACUUUGCUUGUACAAUUUUGCUACCUAACAGCUGCAGAGCUUGUGCUUUUGCAGUUCGUAGUUUUAAUGUUGAAGUUGCCCGAAUAGCUGAACAAGUAUCACAAGAAAGCAUUGCACUGAUGAGACUGAAGUUUUGGGAAGAAGCAAUAGAAAAAUGUCUGUGCAAUAAUCCAAAAAUCGUGCCCAAGCAUCCUGUAGCCAUAGAGAUAUACAAGGCUCAUUCAAAGCACAAAUUGUCAAAGAGGUAUUUCCAAAGGCUUAUAUUAUCAAGGCAUGAAUACUUUAAACAAAACACAUUUAAUAAGUUAGAAGAUUUAGAAAAGUAUGCAGAAAAAACUGUUUCUAGUAUUUAUUAUCUGAUUUUGGAAGGAUCAAAUGUUAAAAAUAUGAGUGCAGAUCAUGCUGCCUCACAUUUAGGAAAGGCACAAGGCAUAGCACAACAGAUAAGGAGUGCUUCACAUGCAAGAAGGUUGAAUUUCAUUCCGAUACCUUUGGAAGUUCUUGCAAAAAACAAAGCUACCCAAGAAGACUUAUUAAGAUCCAAAAGCACUGAAACCCUUAGAGAAUCUGUGUUUGAAGUUGCAACCAGAUCACAUCAGCAUCUAGAAAAAGCAAGAAGUCUUCUUGAAAGUGUUCCUAGUGAUGCAAGAAGAGUUUUGUUACCUGCAAUACCUGUGAGAAUAUAUUUGGACAGGCUGCAAAGGGUAAAUUAUGAUAUUUUUCAUCCUAGUCUCCAACAGAGGUCAUGGAAAAUGCUGCCCCAGUUGUGGCUAUACAAUGUUAGAAAUAAGUACUAAUUGUUUCAAACCAUCAUAAAACACAACUGUGAUAUAUCUUUAGGUCAAUAAAGCAUCAUUUUGACAAAUUCUUACUAAAAGAGGUUCAUGCCAACCAGCUUAUGCCCAAAAUUAAAAUAGUAAACGGUCUCACAAAGUUGUAGACAAAUCCAAAAACCAAGGCAAGGAUCUUUUUUAUUGCUAUCACCAUUUUUGCCGCGACCUGGACCAUUGGAAAAUGCUGAAUUCAGUGAGUCUCUUUAUUUUAAUCUUUCAUUUGGUUUUCCUUGGCAGAAAACAAAAGAACCGAAACACAUAUAUUUUAUACAAAAGUAUGAUAUAUUUAUGGUAAUUUAUGUUCACAUACAUUGUAUAUCUUAAAAAAUAAUAAAAUUAAC